GACCCUUGUUAUGUAUUCGUUGUGUAGUGUCGUAUAUUUUGAAAGUAUGCCGUUUCGAUUAGCUUGCGUUUAUUUAUUUUAUUACAUGUUCGAUUCCUCAUUGUAUCUCGUCGAUUGAUCUGCUGCCUCGUCACUUCUCUCGCUUUCCAAUCGCGUUGCUACCCUUAAAAACGUAGGAAACUUUCGAUAGAUCUUUUUUAGUCUGGCUAAUAAACUUAACGCUUCGGUUCGCAUGGCUUACACCGUCUCGAAUCGAUCAUCGAUGCGAUCCUAUCUUUAUCCGUUCGCGAAUUUUUCCGCGGUUACACGCGUCGAUUGGAAGAUAUAUUCGUGACCUCGUAAGAAUUUAACCGUGCAUCGAUCCGAUACCAUCAACUAAUUCUCGAGAGCGUUUUCGAAUUUUCCAAAUUUAUGCGCCUGGUAAUUCCUCAGUCCUGGACUAAAAUCGUUUUAUUUAUUUAUUUCUUUUUUUCCAUGUUAAAAUUAAUAAAGAACGGAAAUUUAUAUAAACCGACGCACGCCAGUAAGUUAGAUGAAAAUUCUAUUGAAAUUAUAAAUUAAACGUUUCGCGGAAACCGGUGGAGUCGAGCCGAUUACGUUCGACUACGACUGCGGCUAUCGUAGAGGUUCCAAUUAUAGAAAUUUACGGACAAAUGCGAAGGCGGAUUGGCAGCGAAAUCGGGUUUAAAGAAGCGUAAAGCAGGAGGCAGCGCGGAACGAUCGUUUCCAAGCGAUUGCCAGAUCCAACGGGGAGAGAACAGUGCUCGUUUAUACGUAUAGAGUGGCUCCGAUGUUUGCCUGAACCUUGCCAAAAAAUACAAUGACCCAAAUAACACACAAGUUGCACUCCUUCGUUGAUUCCCAUCCGCACUGCGAUCUCCUCCAGGCCACCGUUUCCUUUCAUCCUUUCCACGUCGAAUUUGUGUUCUUGGUUCACCGAUAAUCUCAAAGUAAUUAAAGUUUAAUCCUUUUUCAUCGUCCUUUGUUGAACUAUUUAUUUUUGAAAAAGAAAAAAUCGAGGAAAUAUUUCGUAUAAAAAUUUGAAAUACUUGUUUCACGAAUUACUAAUUUCUUUUUUAAUGCUGUAGUUACUCUAUUUUUAUCUGUGGAAACGUUGUAAGAUUUAGUGAAUCGACUAUGCUAUGUAUAAAAUGAUGAAAGAUAUAUGUUACACGUGGACGAAAAAUUCAGUGACCUCAUAAUUGAGUCAGUUUUAGCCUUCUAUUCGUUCGUCAUCGUUCUUGGACAAAUAUUGUAAUGAAGGAAAUGAUUAUUAUGCUGCUUCUUGAAUGCAUUAUGCAUGCGAGAUGGGUUGUUUGUGAUUUUGCAUUAUUUUUUACUGCUUCGUUUGGGGAUCAUCGUAAUUUGCUUUAUACUCACGAUCAAAUCAAGCUUCGAUAAGGAAAACAGCAAUAUAAUUAUAAAAUUUAGUAUGUAAGCGUACGAGUAACAAAGUAGGUAAAACAUUAAUUCAAAUUUUCCCGCGCGAACGUUUAUACGCGGGUGGAGGUCCGCCAGAGGCCUAUAUAUAUGGGGCCUUGUCCCCUACAUCGUCAGUCUCCCGGUGACCGCCUAAGGGGCAAGGCGGGAGUCUGGGAAAGGGGUGGGCUAGGGUGAGGGCCCGGAACCCGGGCAUACCCACGGGGCAGUUCGGGUACCCGGGAAUUCCGAGAAGCCACCCUGAGACAUGGGGAUCCCUAUUUUUCUAAAAAAAAUUCUAUUCCUUUCUAAAGAAUUCCCUAGAUUAGAAAAUCAUUUUUUCUUAAAAAAUAGCCUAGGGAAAAUAGUCAUUUUAGUAAAUAUAUUUCUAUACGAAUUCAGCCUUUGAACCCGCGUAUAACGACUGACUAUAUUAAUUAUGAGUGAAAUGGGUUUUGAGAACGUCGAGUUUUCAGCCCGAAGGUUUUUCUACGAAAGCUUAAUAAACGAUGAUAAAGGUAAAAUGAAAAGGCUCCUUUUACAUUUCACCAGCCAGUAGUUUGUGCAUUCGUAGGUCAGGUUAUUCGUGAGCAGUGAGACGUAAGGUUGCUGGACAAACGAGAUAAUUGAUAGUGCUCUUAUAAUUGAAAGUCUACUCUACCGUUUCUCUCGACUGUUAAAGAGGAAGUCCCUUGUACGCGGGCUUGAAAGGCUGCCUUGACUUCCGAUUCUUUUCUUUUUCAGCCAUAUGUGUCGAUCAGUGGGCGCCAGAAACACGUUUACGACAUUGAUUCCUUUGAAAUCUCACCAGUCGCUUAACAGUAACGAAAAGAUCUCGAGGUUCAUGAAAUCAUCUAUUAUUCCUUCGGUGUCCAAGCGGGGCAACCUGGCUCAGCUUCAAACUUCUCAAGUUCUAGUUCACGUAUCUCCACGUUUGCUAUUAAUCGUAAAAUUAAAUGGAAUAUGUAAUGGGAUAUGCUUUCAAAUUAAAGAACAUAUCUUGACCCAGAUUCUCGAUGUUGCAACGAAAAAGAAAAAUUAAAAUUCUACCAUCCUCUGUCGUGUCUACCUUGAACCAGAUUCUCAACAUUGUAAUAAAAAAAUCUGCAAUGUACAAAGAGUAAUAAAUAAAUUCGAUCAUUUAUCACGAUGCACCUUGAACGAGCCCUCGGUGAGACGAGCCGGAGGCCGUGCCCUGCUGAUUUAUCAAAGGAUUAUCCGAUUAGCGUGAAAAAAGAUGUACGCUAAAGGAGUAGACGAAAUUGGAAGUAAAUCGGUGACCCGAAUGUCGUGCAUCCAGUCCCCUCGUUAAUUCGAAUUCUCCGUGCACGGAUGAUUCAUCUGAACCGUCUUCCUUCAAUUGCCUUCACAGACUGCCUCCAUAUUCUGCCAGUGUUAAACGCGAUGCAGCGAAACUCGUUUAAAGCCUUCGUCAAACUUACAUAAUAAGUUUAUUCGGGAUACAAACUGUUGCCGAUACCACGGUUACUCGACGAUACAACCAAAAGCGAAGGCUAAUCUUUAUAUUAUAGAAAAACGUGUUUCUGCUGGAAAUAAUGUUAGCAGCUGUCGAAUAUACAGUGUGAAUUUGGUAGAGUUUAUUUUCAAAGUAGAUUGAAAAUGUAAGCGUUUUAUUUCGUACAGCUUUCAUCAUUGCCGAUAAAUCUGUCGAUCGCUUUGUGGGAUUAGGAUGUAAUCGAACGGACGAUUUCAGUACACCGAUCAGUUCUGGCAGCAACAUGGGCAGUAUAGCACGCUUUCCAAAAUUGGACGAGUGUGCCCACUUUCAUUACGAACAUGUUGAACUCAGUUCCUUGGAGGUUUCGCUUAGCGAAGGCACCAAUGAUUCAGACAGCUACGCGGUCAGAGUGACAUCCGGGGACGCGUGCUGGACCCUGCAACGAUCUUACGAUAAUUUCGUGAUGUUCGACAAGCAACUGCAUCGGUGCAUAUUCGACAGGAAGUUCUCGUCGUUGGCGAAGCUUCCAGACACACGGCCGAAAAACACCUGCGACAUACUGAGGGAUUAUUUGAACAGGUUCUCCCAGUUGAAUCAUGAAGGCCUAAAUUGCGGUCCGGUAUUGAAUUGGCUGCAACUAGACAAUAGAGGAAGAAGAAUCCUCGUGCCGGAAUCGGAUUCCUGUCCAAUUAAUACACCUGCUGUAGCCGCGGCUUACGCGGUUAGACCUUACGCGGCACAGGCACCGGAUGAAAUCUCCUUCCAGGUUGGAGACAUGAUUUCAGUAAUAGACAUGCCACCUCCAGGGGAAAGCACCUGGUGGCGUGGAAAGCACGGAUUCGCAGUUGGUUUCUUUCCGGCUGAAUGCGUGGCUGUGAUCGGUGACAAAGUUCCACGCCAUUUGACCGUGUCGACGACAGUCAGAUCGAAGUUGCCGGUUAAGCCAGUACUGAGGAAACACGGGAAGCUAAUAGCUUUUUUCAGAUCGUUCAUAUUGAACAGACCGUCUAGGAGACGGCUGAAACAGUCAGGAAUUCUGAAGGAACGCGUGUUUGGUUGUGAUUUAGGGGAACAUCUUUUGAACUCCGGACAAGAUGGUACGUGUACAGUGCCUACUGUAUUAACGUGUUGCGCUGAAUUCAUCGAGAACCAUGGCUUGGUGGACGGUAUAUACCGUCUGAGCGGUGUAACAUCGAAUAUUCAAAGACUAAGAAACGCUUUUGACGAGGAUCGUGUCCCUGCGUUGCAUUCCGACGAAAGUAUUCUGCAAGACAUCCAUUCGGUGGCUUCUCUAUUGAAAAUGUACUUUAGAGAAUUACCGAAUCCCCUCUGUACGUAUCAGCUGUAUUCUACGUUCGUUAGCGCGGUUCAAGCCAGUACCGAUGCGGAAAGAUUGAGGCGAAUGAGAGAAACCGUUAGAAAAUUACCACCACCGCAUUACAGAACGUUGGAGUAUCUGAUGCGGCAUUUGGUGAGAGUCGCGGCCAGAGGCGCUGAGACUGGCAUGACCCCGCGUAACGUGGCAAUCGUGUGGGCACCGAAUCUGCUUAGAUGCAAGGAACUCGAAGUUGGAGGCGUAGCAGCACUGCAGGGCGUUGGCGUUCAAGCUGUGGUUACGGAAUUCUUAGUCUGUUACGCGGAAUUAAUAUUCGGGGACGGUCCGGUCGGUCGGCCAAAAUCGUUGGCCAUUACCACGCCCGCGAGAUUGCUCAGUUUGGAGGAGGCACGAAACAGAAGCCUUAGAGGCGAGCCUGAUUACAUCGAAGUGGGCGCUGGUCCAGCCGGGUUACCAUUACAUUACCAUACGGUCAUAGAAUUACCGCGAAAGAGAAACGGCUCGAAGCGUUCACCAUCGUUGAACUGGAGAGCUUUGUUCGGUAGAGGUGGACUGGGUGCCAGAGGGAAGACGAGACAAGUUGGCACGCCACCUCAAGCAGAAACGGUGCCAAGUUCCUUAAACUCCUUACGGCGAUUAAGACCGGUGAAAAGUGCGGAUAGUUUGGACGGUGAGGACAGUUUAGGUCCUCUUCUAGGACCUCCACCAGCUAGACCCUGUGGGCACAGUCGAUCAGUUUCGCAUGAUUCGUAUUUCGAUCAUCUAGCGGACGCACCGAAUACAGCGUCGCCGUUGGAUCUGUCGGAGAUACAGCUUAACUUUGACCUGGAGGAAAGAGAAAUGCGAAUGUUCUCGGAAGAGGAGAGCGCCGGAGUGGCGUCGGUCGAAGCGUCACCGCGACGGCAACGAACCGAGGGAACCCAGAGUGCUGCUGCUACCGGUGGAUCCAAGAGGAAGAGAUCACGAUUGGAGGAAAGACUGCAGUGCGACGUUGAGUUGCGCUUCAUCGAUAGCCAAAGUCCUGAUCAGGUGAUGGUAUCCGCGGAUGUGCACAGUAUGGAUACCCCGUCCCCUCUACCAACCCCGGGAUACCUUCCCUUAUUAUCCGAAGCCUCGACACCGCUGACACCGGCCACCCUACACGGAACGCCUCACUCUACGUCGCCUGUGCCGGCUAAUAGUCCUAGGAUAAGUUUUCGAAGUUUCACUUUACCAUUAGAGAUCGACGACGAUCAAAGCAACGCGAGCAAGCUGAACAGAACUAGCGUGUCUUCCGAUAAAUCAUCCGACCCUAGUCAUAGGUUAUCCGUAAACAUAGAUGGUCAGAGUAACGCAAAGUCCUGCGAGAGGAUAAUUACGUACGACAAACGCGUGGACAUGUACGAUGACAAGGAGUCUUCCAAGGCUCAGAAGACAUCGAACGAGUCGAAUUUGAUGUCCGACGUAGUUGACCAAGAGAUGACGCCUUGCGAUAGGUUAACGUCUCGUCCGAACGAGAUGGACUCUAGUAAAAUAACGUCUCUGUGUAAAAACUCUUGUCACAUGGAGGAGAACAAGUCCCUCAACGACAGCAGAGACACUUUGGACGUACGAAAACACGAUACCUCGACGAACAAGUCGAUCGACUCGCAAAACGACGCCAUGGCUGGAAAUUCGAACGCUCUUCGAAACGAAUUAACCGAUCUUGAUUCUCCGAUGUCCUGCGAACAGACCAUCGAGGAUCUACCCGAUUCCGGCUUCGUUAUUUGCGAUAGCUCCGACAAGAUGUUCACCAACACCGAUACACCUCAGAUCGCAUCGAACACCAACGAUUCCGGUGAAUGGGUGAUAGUGGAGGGUACCGAUUCGAUCACCACUCCAACCAGCGAGUCGAGCAGUCCGAAGGAUCCUCUGGAAGGAACCGUGAAUCCUGCGAUAGCCACUGAUACGCCGCAGUUAAGAUCAAUGUCGGAGAAUGUUUCUAGAACCUCGUUGGAUCUAACUAUGGGCUCGACGGUGGAUACGGACACAUCUUGCAUAGGUGUCAGCGACCUGACGGAGAGUCCUGUUCUACCACAGGAAUCCGGAGAGAUGUCCUUCGACGUUGCUGACAACAGGGAACUCGAGGGGCAGAGUACCGCGCAAAGAUCAUCCGGGGCAUUUGAAAGCGAAACGAGCUUCGGCUUAGUCGAUUCUGGGAAUACUUUUUCGAAUAUCGUACACGAACGGAACAACGGAAACGAGAAAACCAGUGAAAUGGAUCACGAGGCCACCGAAUGCUACUCGCAACUCGAUGAUACUAAAUCGUUCAACGAAAACUCGAUGAAAAAGGAAGAGGUACUGGGAUCAGAGGAGGACGAUGACGAGGUAUUCGAAAAUUCUCAGCGUUCUACAAGGAGCUUGGACUACCAGCAAAAGGGUAUCCGACGUUCCUUGCAGCUGCGUCAGAAGCCACAAUUCCAAGUCGCCGCCGAUCGACGUUCUUUCUCGAGCCAAUCGACCAAGAAACAGGACCUCGAGCUACCCCUUUCCGACAGUAACAAGCAACGCUGUCAAAAGCCAGACAAGUGCCAAAGCUACGAGUACGUAUCUCAGAAAGAAUCUCCUCAGAAGAGUCAACAGCGUAAGCAAUUCUCUUCUCGUACCGAUAAACCGUCUCAAUGUAACAAUCUGAAGAGCAAUCAACUGGAAGAGGAGGAUAUAGAGGUGGUGAUACCGUCGGAGAACGCAGCGGAACCAAGCGAGAUGGCUCAUCCCCCCGAAGGUGCAUCCGAAUCAACAUCCCUCAACUCGUCGUGCUCUUUCUCAAACGCAUCGUCUCCGGUCGAUGAUUCCAUAGUUCUUCGAGACACUGCUGCUAUACUGCAAGAGUUGGCGUUGCAAAGAUUAUCAGGCGGUAUGGUCGGCGAUUUGUCCCUUCCUCCUAGAAAGAGGUACGAGCCUGAGAGCAACAAGGAUCGCAGAAGCUUCGAUUCCGAAAUAGGCAGAGAGAUAGUUCGCGAAAGAAAGAUGAGACAGGAGUUGGACUCUGCUAGAGGAAAAUCCGAGGAACCAGCUGUUAACAAUACUCAACAUUUGCCACCGUGUUUGAGAGCUCGUCAUGCCAGAGCCAGUCGAGCAUCGCUAAGUAGAUCCUUGGACGAAGCAAAAUUCAAUAAAAUGACAGAGGAAGCACGUCUUCCUGUGAAACAGUCUAUGGAGGAUACACAGCAUAGCUCGACGCCGAAUGUUGGCUCUGGUUCGAACGGUUCUUCCAGCAGCACGGAUAAAAGUCAUCUGAAGAAUCUGGGCGGCUUGGACCUGGGCGAUCCUCAAUGCAGAGAACGAAUAGAAAAGUACAAAGAGGAGAGAAGGACGUUCUUGAGGGAUAAGUACAGGUCGGAAAGCUUUCGAGGAAUGUUGUCGAAGACGGAGGACGACGGUGAACAGGCACUUUUAGCUAGGUUAAAACAGAGAGCCUCUAGACCCUCUCUGCAUUGAUAUUAAAAUAUUUACUAAAGAGUUUCUCUGGGUCGAAUCUAGACGACCAUAUUAUUGCCUGAAAGUCGCGUCGUAUAAGGGAAUUAUUUGUUAACGAUUCCAAUGAGAACUGCUCGUUCUAUCCACCGUGUUACGUUUAACCCUUUGCUCUCAGAUUAUACCAUCUAUCUUUGAGAUAACAAUAAUAAUAUUUCAUCUUGAAACAACGGUAGAUUUAAUCGAGUAUUUAGAAACGGAUACGUUUCAAAUUGUUCCGUGUAAAGGAAAUUCGUCGUUAGCGAUGUUAUAUUAGAUCGUAGGGAAUCCGACCAAAUUGUAAUUUUAAAAGUUCCAAGCAUUCGGAGAAGCGUGUCGAGGUCCAAUUUCGAAAACAAAUGGUUAUGCACAAACGAUCAACUUUUUCACCGAUCUAUAAUACUUAUAAAAAAAAAAAAAAAGAAAAAUUGUUAUACUUUCUCUGCCAUUCAGGUAUUUCUUUAUAUAUAUAUUUUUCCAAGUAUUAUCUUUUAAAUAUUUUAAAGUGACGAUUCUAUUUACGUGUGUAUUUAUAUUCGAGUGUAAAGGGUUAAAGCGUGAGAUUCGAAUAUUCGAGUAGUGUAACGAAGGAAGAGGAUACGUGAGCUUUCUUUUCAAAGGAGUUCGAGAAAGAAGUUUAUUCGUUUUUUUUUGUGUUUUUUUUUUUUUUUAUUUAGCAGAACAGUUCGACGAUAAUUCGUACGUGUGUUCUUAAUUUAUUACUUAAUCGAGAUUAAUACGUAAUUAGAUUAUUUCUGUUAUUGUUAUUACGAGGAUCAUUUUCCAUUAUUAUUAUUAUUAUUAUUAUUAUUAUUAUUAUUAUUAUUAUUAUUACUAUUAUUAUUAUUAUUGUUAUCGUUCCCAAAGAUGUCUCGUUAUUUAGAACCUUAGAUGCGUUUUGUCGUGCUGUUCUGUUAAUCGAACAUUUACAUAAUUGAUCGACGUGUAUCAGAGUGUGUUGGUAUCGGGAGGACCGAUUCGUUUUUGAAAAACCACCCUUUGCACGCGAAAUUCCUUUGUCCACCGGUUGCUGUGUAGGCUUGUUUGAAAAUUUUAUCGAGAAGUUAAGUUUAAACGUACAAAUUUAUAAAAUACUCUUGUCUGUAAUGGUUGAUCUGAUUCUUUAGUCAUGGUGAUUUUUUAAGAGGCGUGUAAUUAUACGUACAGGAUGUUUAAAGAAAUUUUUUACCCAUAUUUAGAGUAAGAUUAUUGAAGUUUUCAUGAUAUGAAUUUUUAUAAUUGAUAUUUUUUAAAUCGUGUCUGGUUAGUUACAGUUAUCGAAUGGAUUCAUUUUUUAAUUUAUAAUUAUGAAAUAUUAAAAAAUUUAUCAUAAACUUCUCAGAAGAUCCUGUACGUACACUUUAAUGGUACUGCUCGUGUUGCACGAGAGGAAAACCAAUUUCUAGAAUGAAAUGAAAAAAAGAAAAAAGUAAAAAAAAAAAAAAUAUUCGCUCGAUGCAGGCUCGAAGUACACAAGUGCAAAGGACUUGAACGUUUUAAUGAACGCCUUCGAUUCGCAUAGCUGGGUUAUAGUAAUUAAAAUCGAAACGCUUCCCUUUUUUGUAAAUUUCCUUGUUGCUGAUUGAACUGAAUAUUUUUUAUAUAUGUACCGUGAACCGUGAUUUCGCUCGAUCAUAGAUCGUUUGUUCGAUGAUAACGAGGUGCGUGUAUCGAUGUCCAAGCAUUUUUCUCGCUUUUUGUAUCUCAGAAUCUUUGUUGAUUCGUCUUCUUGUUUCUCUUCUCUUUUCAUUUUUAUACAUACCUUUCCAAGCUUGUCACAGCUGAGAUAGCACUUAAUUAGAGAUUUUUUAAAAAUAUAUUUACACUCUGUUAGCGAUGUCAUUGAUGUCGAGAAAGUUUAGAAUACUCGUUAAUGUUUCGUGUUUUAUUUUUAGAUUAGAAUCUUUGGUAUAUUUUGAUGGAUCUUCGUUUGUGCUUCAUUAGAGACUGCAAAAUUUUCCCAUCCCAUUUUUUUUUUUUUUUCUUAAUUUUUAGGAUUCAAUCUUCACUGUAUUAUUUCUUAAGUAUUCGAUACACGUCGUUGAUGUAUUUUCUUUCUUUUUUUUUUUUUUUUCUUGUCGUGGACUGGUCCACGAUCAAUCUAUAACAUGUUUUUCUUUUGUAUAUGCUAAUUAUUUAGUCGACAUGUAAUAUAUUAAUUUAUAUAUUUUAGUUUGACUAUCAGUGUAAAACGAAGAUGUUUUUGCUUGAAAUCAAGAUUACUAUCGGUUUUGUUCAUUUUUUGCAAUUCAGUUUGAUAGAAAUACUUUCUUCGUGCCACUAGGAUAAAAUACCAAUUCCAAUUUUUUAUAGUUUCUUUUAUACGUACAACUUUUUUCGAUCACGUUUUUUACUUCACUCUUUGGUUUAGUAUUCAUAUCUUCAGUUUGAUUAUCAAUUUCUUUUCUUCCUGCCAUUCAACGGAGGUGUCUUAUUUACCCUCACGCGAUGUCGCGUGCUCGUUAAAUUCAAGGAUCAUUUCUUGACAAUUAAAAAAAAAAAAUAAAUAAUAAUUAUCGAAGAUAUCCAUAAGGCACCCCGUAUAUCGUUCAAGAAUUGAUCACCAUCGAUUCCAAUGACUUUCAGUCGUUUCGAAGGUCGGAUAAAUGACAAAGUUGAUAAAAUGGAAGCUCGUUUUAUCUUCAACCGAAUCGCGAUCUCUGCAUCUUGUUCUUUCAACUACGAACAAUAAUCAAAAGUAUAAGAAAGACGUCACACUGUAUAUUUUCAUCCGUGUUUGUCUAUUCAUAAUCCUGAAGAUGCUCAAAAGAAAAAAGGAUCUGUUUUGCAAGAAGCGCGAACACGUUUUCAAUAUCGUUCAGAAUUUUACAUGCCAGAUUCGCGGUUUUCUGUAUUUUUUUAUAACACGAAUCGUAGUGUACAAGAUGUAACAUAUUUCUUAUUCUUUUUUCUGGUAAAACGAACAAGAAAAAGCAAAACUCGACGACCAAGCACAGAGCCUUUAAAGAAAAAAAAAAGAAACGAAAAAAAAAACAAUAUCUUACCCGAUGGUGUGCUGAAAAUUCAAGAUAAUGUUUUUUUUUUCUUUCUUUUUAUGAAUGUUAUAACGUUUGCUGUGACGAUGAUAACGAUGAGUGAGAGAUUAAAAAGAAAAAUGUGUCACGAGCAUUAAAAUGUCGAGACAACGCGUAUAGAAUUGUAAUAAUUGAAAGAUUGCGAACAAUAUGGAUGAUUAUUAAAUAAUCUAUACAGUUGAUUAUUCCUAUUGUCGGAAACGCUCUUUAUCGCUAGAAUUUCUCUUGUUCGAUGUGUACGCGUGAUGGCUUGUUAAAGCAUUCACGAAAAAACUUAUUCAACGCUGUAACGAAGUAUAAACGUUUCAAUGGCACGCGUCUGAAAGACUGUAACAAUUUGCGUUUUAAGCGUUGCAAAUUGUUCCGGUAGUAUCGUCAAUUCCUUCAUUUCAUUUUUUUUUUUUUUUUCUUUUAAUCUUCGUCUUAUUUUGUAUAUUGAACCAUGAUGAACUCGUGAUUGAGCAAUGAUCAUUCGAUACUGCCCUCUAAUUUACAUUUCCAUGAGAAAAAUAUGUGUACUUUUUAAUUAGUAUUAUUAGUGUUCAAAGUUGUACUUGCAUUUUAAGUAUUAAAAACAUUACCGUCUGUUAGAAUAUUAAUGCAUUUACUAUGAAAAAUAAUUUUUAGUUACAUACAAAACUUAAAAAAAAAAAUAUUAUUUUUUCAUUCAUCAGAUAAGUCAAAUGAUCAAUGCUUGAUUAUCUUGCCGAUGAUGAUGAAUAAUUAUUCUUCUGUUUGAUGCUCGUCAGUGAAUCGUAAGCGUGUAUGAAAACCCGUAAAAAUGAUAUGCAUGCACAAGUAAUUAGCUUCCCCCAAAGACAGACUAAGAGUGAAGAAUCGUGUUUAGAAAUAUUAAAAAUGAAACAAAGUAUUUAAAGAAAGAUCUUCGAUAGCUGCUUCCCUGGAUACCAAGUGUAAUUAAGGGAGAAAGGCCUAGUUAGCGGUAUUAUACAUAUUAAACAGGUAAUUGCCUAAUACAAGAAAUAAAAACCUCGAGGAUACAUCUAUUUACGAGAGUACUUCUGCACAAUACAAUGCGCAAUAACGGUACACACGUAGGAUGUAUAUUUUUUAAUAAUUUGAGAUUGUCGCGGUUAUACAAGGAUAUAAAAUUAGGUAUAGUUGUAGGGUUGUUGAGAACAAAGGAGAGAAACUACAAAAAAAAAAAAAAAAAAAAGAAAAAAAAUAA